UUCAAAUUACAAGGCGCAGAAAGGAUAGAGUCAUGAAGAAGGAGGGGGUAUUUAAGUAAUUCCGGUGACAUCUGCGAGUUUCGGCGGCGCUCGCUAGCCAGUUUGCUUCUCCGAGAACCUCGGGUCGCCCUUGUUGCCGUCCCACCUCGGUCGCCUCAUCAGGCCCUAGUCACCGCAGAAAGAAGGCGAAGGAGGAGGGGAGGAUAAGGAUAAUAUUGAAAGAAUUAGGGUUGAUACCGGGCGGAUGAUUCAUGGCAAGUCCAGACAACAUUAUUGUAGGUUCUCAUGUGUGGAUUGAAGAUCCAGUCGUGGCUUGGGUUGAUGGAGAGGUUUUUAAGAUCAGAGGUCAUCAGGUCCAUGUGCGCACAACUAAUGGGAAAAUGGUCGUAGCAAAUCUCUUGAAGGUAUUCCCUAAAGAUAUAGAAGCUCCACCUGGAGGAGUAGAUGACAUGACAAAAUUAUCAUAUUUGCAUGAACCUGGGGUUUUGCAAAACCUAGCCACACGAUAUGAGCUUAAUGAAAUCUAUACAUACACUGGUAAUAUCCUGAUUGCAGUGAACCCAUUCCAAAGACUACCACAUCUAUAUGACACCCAUAUGAUGGAACAAUACAAAGGAGCAACAUUCAGGGAGCUGAGCCCCCAUGCUUUUGCAGUUGCUGAUGUUGCUUACAGGGCAAUGAUUAAUGAAGGAAAAAAUAACUCCAUCUUGGUCAGUGGUGAAAGUGGUGCUGGCAAAACUGAAACAACAAAGUUGCUUAUGAGAUAUCUGGCAUAUUUAGGUGGACGAUCAGGGAUUGAAGGACGGACCGUCGAACAACAAGUUUUGGAGUCAAAUCCAGUUCUCGAGGCUUUUGGGAAUGCAAAAACUGUUCGGAACAACAACUCUAGUCGCUUUGGUAAGUUUGUUGAGAUUCAAUUUGACAAAAAUCGGAGAAUAUCUGGUGCUGCUAUUAGAACCUACUUGCUUGAAAGAUCUCGUGUUUGCCAAAUUAAUGAUCCUGAGAGAAACUACCACUGCUUUUACCUACUAUGUGCUGCUCCUCAUGAGGAUAUCAAAAAGUAUAAACUGGGAAGUCCAAACUCAUUUCACUAUCUAAAUCAGUCCAAAUGCAUUAAAUUGGACGGUGUUGAUGAUGCUGAAGAAUAUAUUGCAAUUAGAAGAGCUAUGGGUAUAGUUGGAAUAAGUGAGCAAGAACAGGAGGCUAUCUUCAGGGUUGUUGCUGCUAUACUUCAUCUUGGUAAUGUCAAUUUUGCAAAGGGACAAGAUAUAGAUUCAUCUGUUAUCAAGGAUGAGAAGUCAAGAUUCCAUCUGAACAUGACAGCUCAACUCCUGAUGUGUGAUGCCCAGGGUUUAGAAAAUGCUUUGAUCGAACGUGUCAUGGUGACACCUGAAGAAAUUAUUACCAGAACUCUUGUUCCUGCUUCUGCAAUUGUUAGCAGAGAUGGGCUUGCAAAAACCAUUUAUUCCCGUUUAUUUGAUUGGUUGGUAGAAAAAAUCAAUGUAUCAAUUGGACAGGAUCCAGAUUCAAAACAUUUGAUUGGGAUACUUGAUAUUUAUGGUUUUGAGAGUUUCAAAUGUAAUAGUUUUGAACAGUUCUGCAUCAAUUUUGCAAAUGAAAAGCUGCAACAACAUUUCAAUCAGCAUGUUUUCAAGAUGGAGCAAGAGGAGUAUGCCAUGGAGGAAAUUGACUGGAGCUACAUUGAAUUUGUUGAUAACCAAGAUGUUCUUGACUUAAUUGAGAAGAAACCUGGUGGUAUCAUCGCCCUUCUUGAUGAAGCUUGCAUGUUUCCCAAGUCUACACAUGAGACGUUUGCUCAGAAAUUGUAUCAUACAUUUAAAAGCAACCAGAGAUUUGCCAAACCAAAGCUUUCUCGUACAGAUUUUACAAUCUGCCAUUAUGCAGGCGAGGUAACAUAUCAAGCUAAUCAUUUCUUAGACAAAAACAAAGAUUAUGUGGUAUCGGAACAUCAGGAUUUGCUCAAUGCUUCUUCAUGUCCCUUUGUGUCGGGGUUAUUCCCUCCACUUCCUGAAGAUUCAUCGAGGUCAUCCAAGUUCUCUUCUAUGGGAUCACAGUUUAAAUUACAACUUCAAGCUUUGAUGGAAACUUUGAGCUCUAUGCAACCACAUUAUAUUAGGUGUGUGAAGCCAAAUAAUGUUCUCAAACCUGCUAUAUUUGAGAACUUCAAUGUCAUCCAGCAAUUGCGAUGUGGAGGAGUUUUUGAAGCAAUCAAUAUAAGUUGUGCUGGUUAUCCUACUCGAAGAACAUUUUAUGAAUUUCUCCACCGAUUUGCCCUUCUUGCACCAGAAUUUAUGGAAGAAAAUUAUGAUGACAAGAUUGUCUGUCAAAAGAUUUUGGACAAAAUGAGAUUGAAAAGUUACCAACUAGGCAAGAGUAAAGUGUUUUUGAGAGCCGGCCAGAUGGCUGAACUGGAUGCUCGAAGAGCAGAGGUAUUAGGAAGAGCAGCCAGAACCAUACAGAGGCAAAUCCGGACAUAUAUUGCUCGCAAAGAAUUUCUUUUGCUACGGGAAGCAUCUAUUCAAUUCCAAACUUUCUGUAGAGGGUGGUUGGCUUGUAAGUUGUUUGUGCAAAUGAGGCAUGAAGCAGCAGCACUCAAGAUUCAGAAAAAUUACCAUUGCUAUAUUGCGAGGAAAUCAUAUUUAGCACUUGAAAUGUCAGCAAUUGUGUUGCAAACAGGCUUAAGGGCAAUGUUUGCUCACAAUGUAUUUAGAUUCAAAAAACAAACUAAAGCAGCAAUCUGCAUCCAGUGUCGUUGGCAUAGCCAUAGAGAUUAUUCAUAUUAUAAGAGAUUGCAGAAGGCAACACUUACCUUUCAAUGUUCAUGGAGGCAAAAGCUUGCUAGAAGAGAGCUCAGAAAACUAAGAAUGGCUGCAAGGGAAACAGGAGCUCUAAAAGAGGCAAAAGAUAAGCUUGCUAAGCGGGUUGAGGAAUUAACUUGGCGUUUACAGUUGGAGAAACGACUAAGAACUGAUCUGGAGGAGUCAAAAGCACAUGAAGUGCAUAAAUUUCAGACUAUGUUAUCUGAGAUGCAACUACAAGUUGAAGAGACCAAGUCAAUGCUUAUCAGGGAGCAUGUUGCCGCACGAAAAGCUCUAGAAGAAGCACCUCCUGUUAUUAAGGAGACCACUAUCCUGGUUCAAGACAUGGAAAAAAUCAAUUCAUUAACAGCUCAAGUUGAACAGUUGAAGGCUCUAUUGCAAACGCAGAAGCUGGAAAGUGAUACAGCCAAGAAAGCUUACAGUGAGGCACAAGAACGAAAUGAUGAACUCAUUAAGAAAGUUGAAAAUGCUGAAAGACAGGUUCAUAAGUUUCAAGAUACCAUUCGGAGGCUUGGAGAGGAAGUGUCAAAUCUGGCAUCAGAGAAUCAAGUGCUUCGCCAGCAAGCACUUUCCAUUUCACCAACUAGCAGAGUGUUAACUGUGCAUCCAAAAGCAACAAUCUUCCCUAGAACGCCGGAGAAUAAUAAUGUUCUAUCUGGAGAAACAAAACCUUCAUUGGAUUGGAGUCCUUCAUUACCAAAUCCAAAGAAUCUUGAAAUUGAUGAAAAACCACAAAAGUCACUGAAUGAGAAGCAGCAGGAAAGUCAGAACUUGCUUCUUAAGUGCAUCUCUGAAGAGCUAGGAUUCUGUAAGGGUAGACCUGUUGCUGCUUGCCUUAUAUAUAAAUGCCUCCUCCAAUGGAGAUCUUUUGAAGUUGAAAGGACUAGUAUUUUUGACCAAAUAAUCCAAGCAAUAGGUUCAAAACUUGAGGAUAACACUAAUGUAUUAUCCUAUUGGUUGUCCAAUACAUCUACACUAUUGCUGCUUCUUCAACGCACACUGAAAGCAAGUAGCUUGGGAAGUUUUACUCCACAGAGGCGGAGAACAUCAGCUUCUGUGUUUGGAAGGAUGCCUCAAGGAAUUCGAGCAUCACCUCGGAGUGCUGGAACUCCUUUUCUGAAUGGUCGCAUGGUUGGUGGAUCAAAUGACUUGCACCAAGUUGAAGCUAAAUAUCCAGCUUUGCUUUUUAAGCAACAACUUACUGCAUUUGUUGAGAAAAUUUAUGGAAUGAUAAGGGACAACUUAAAGAAAGAGAUAUCUCCUGUUCUUAGCUUGUGUAUACAGGCUCCAAGGACAUCCCGUGCAAGAAUAGUCAAAGGAACUCGUUCACCAGCAAAUGCUGUGGCCCAACAAGCUCUUAUGGAACACUGGCACAGUAUUGUGAAAAGCUUAGCAAGCUACAUGAAACCACUGAAAGCUAAUUAUGCCCCUCCAUUCCUAGUUCAAAAGUUGUUCACUCAAAUAUUUUCUUCCAUCAAUGUUCAACUAUUCAACAGCCUUCUUCUGAGACGUGAGUGCUGUUCGUUUAGCAAUGGGGAAUAUGUUAAAGCAGGACUUGCUGAAUUAGAACAUUGGUGCAAUGAAGCAACUGAAGAGUAUGCUGGUUCUUCAUGGGAUGAAUUGAAGCAUAUUAGGCAGGCUGUUGGAUUCCUGGUUUUACAUCAGAAACCAAAGAAGACACUGAAGGAGAUAACCAAAGAUUUAUGUCCAGUUCUUAGCAUACAACAGUUAUACAGGAUCAGUACUAUGUACUGGGAUGACAAGUAUGGCACACAGAGUGUUACAUCAGAGAUCAUUUCAAGUAUGAGACUUGUGAUGACCGAGGGCUCAAAUAAUUCUUCCAAUAAUUCUUUCUUGUUAGAUGAUGAUUCCAGCAUUCCAUUUUUGGUCGAUGAUAUCUCAAAGUCAAUGACAGAAAUAGAUAUAGCAGAUAUCGAUCCACCGCCUUUCCUUUGUCAGAGUUCGGGCUUUGCAUUUUUGGCACAAUGAAAGUAGCAACUGUUACCCUCCUGUUUAUCCACUGCUAAUCCCCCUGUGCCUGUGCAUAAAUUUCUGCCUUCCAUCCUGUCCAUAUCAUCAAGUAAACAGGGUAGUUGGUAGUAAAUAUUUGGGUCUAAUUUGCUUUCAUUUUACUUGAAAUUUUUUUUGUCCACCUUCCCGAGGUGUAGCUUUGAUCCUCGACUUCGAACUGCUACUGAAGAUGCACUGGGCGAAGUUGAUCAUUCAUUACACAGAUUAUUUAUGUAGUUUAUUGCCUUUUGGCAACAUUCAUUUGUUAUUUAUGUAGAUUACAGCUCAAGCAAGAAAGAUGUUGUAGAAUGUAGACUUUCUUUCUUCUCCUAUCUAAAAUGUGUAAGGUCAACAUCAUUAUGAAAAAUGAUUGUUGCGUCUGCAUUUACCUAUUAAUACAAAAAAGCAGUUACAAAC